AUGUUCGGCGUCUUCUCAUACUGGAUUCUGCCGCUCUUCGCAGCAUGUGUCUGGCUAGGUAUGCUGAGUGCCGCAUUUGAUAUUUGCAACCCCCGACUGACUCGUGUGACAACAGCAACACUCCUCGGUAUGCUGGGCACCUGGCUCGCAAAGGGCUCGCCCCUCUACGUUAGCAUGGAACAAGGCCAAACAAUUGCAUACAUCUCGGACAUUGGCGCAACAGGCCUUCAACCUCUCUUCAUCGCCGGUUCCGCCGUUAGCGUUGUCGUCUUUGAUGUAUGCUUCGUCUCAGAACGCUGGUUGCGCCACAAGGGUCGCCUUGCCCACAACACAUCUACUGUUCAGAAAGUCUUGUCGGGCUUCGCUUGUGCCUUCGCCAUCAUCGGUGCCAUCGGUUUGAUUCUCUUGACCAUUCUGGAUACCGUUUCUCACCCUACCGCUCACGACAUCUGUCUCGUAAUCUUCAUGUAUGUUUCUGUGUUCCACACGCUUUACCACGCUUGUUGCUGA